UUCAUAUGACGUCAGUCGCACAUGGUGACGUAUAUAUCAUGCGACGCUAGGGGUUGGCGUGGCAACGCUCGGUUGUUUAGAUGUCCUAGCAAAGCUCUGCAUGCAUAUCAGACCACAUUUGGGGCAGUAUUUUGUGGUAAUUUUAUCAUGAUCGAGUCGUCUCUUCGUUCUUUAGGAGCGAAAGUUGUUGUAGCUGCUUCCAACGAUGAGAACCACCCGCCAGAAAAUAUUAUCGACGGAAACACCAACACAUUUUGGAUGUCCACGGGAAUGUUUCCUCAAGAAUUCAUCAUUCGUUUUGCUGAAAUGACAAACGUUUCUUCAGUGACCAUGGACAGCUACAACGUCAAGCACCUAAAAGUAGAAAAGAACACGUCACAAAACGCCUCUCACUUUGAGUUUGUGGCAGAGAAAGAAUUGAAACUCACGGAGGGACAUCUUCAGACAAAUUCUAUUUCACUAAAUGGAACCACUGCCACUCACCUUCGUUUCAUCAUCACCUCAGGAUACGAUCACUUUGUUUCAGUGCACAGAAUCGCUGUGCAUAAAUGACACUUGCGCUAUUUGCGUCAUUGUUGUCACACCCAUUUAUCACUCAAACCCAGUGAGGUGUUACAAGAAAUAUACACCGGAUAUAAAAGUCUGCUCACCACUUGUUCAAAUGCCAAGUGUCUGUAUUAUAUA